CUUGCGACCAAAUUCACACCAGUCCCUUUACCAACUACGUCUGUUCUCUAGACUCUGUUCUCCACUGAGCGAUUCGACUCAAGAGUAGUUCCUCUCCUCCAAGGCGAUCAACUUCUUGUAGAUUUCUGCUCCUUACAUCAAAGCGCCUUUGUGCUUUCUCUUCAUUUGGUCCUUUCGAGUCGUAUAUUGGACAAUGCAGACUAUCAAGUGUGUAGUAGUUGGCGACGGUGCUGUGGGUAAGACCUGUUUGUUGAUAUCGUAUACCACCAACAAGUUCCCCAGUGAAUAUGUGCCAACCGUUUUUGAUAAUUACGCUGUCACGGUCAUGAUUGGGGAGGACCCCUAUACAUUAGGUCUGUUUGAUACCGCCGGUCAGGAAGAUUACGAUCGUCUUCGUCCGUUAUCGUACCCACAGACGGACGUUUUCCUUGUCUGUUUUAGCGUAACAUCUCCCGCAUCGUUCGAGAACGUGAAGGAAAAAUGGUUCCCAGAGGUGCAUCACCACUGUCCUGGUGUCCCAUGCCUGAUCGUUGGGACUCAAAUUGAUUUGCGGGACGACGCUCAAGUUAUAGAAAAGUUGGCGCGACAGAAACAACGACCGGUAACGAACGAGCAAGGUGAAAGACUUGCACGGGAGCUAGGAGCAGUGAAAUAUGUCGAAUGUUCGGCGUUGACGCAAAAGGGGUUGAAAAACGUGUUUGAUGAGGCUAUCGUUGCUGCCCUUGAACCACCCGUCGUUAAGAAGGGCAAGAAACUGGGCUGUCUCAUUCUGUGAUUUUUGUUGACACCGUUAUGACGACUGUUCUGUGCACAUUAUUCAUGACUUCUCUCCAACGUCCACAACGCCCAUGACAGAUCUGUUUAUAUAUCCUCCCUUCGUUAUCUCUCUCAUCCAUCUUCAUGCUAGAGUACAAGUGCUGAGGGAAAGCUGGGCUGUGACCACGAUGAUACCGCGUUCAUGAUUCGGUUACGGAAACGGAACAUAUACCGGGAACCUCAUGGGCGCUUGUUUCAUUUAUCAUUUCCCCCCCUUUUGUAUUUCACGGCCUAAUUAUUUACUUACACUAUUCUAAAUUUCUGGGUAAGUUUUAGCUUGCGGUCAAGGAAACGACAAC